GAGAUGUUUCUGCCGGGAGUUUCUGGCAAAAUCGCGGACACCUCUAAACCGUGACGCAGUCGCUCUUCUCUCAGCUGAAAGAAGCUCUCUCAGCCGGCCGGUUAGCAUCAUGGCGAACGUUGCCGACACCAGGUUGUACGACAUCCUCGGAGUUUCACCCUCUGCUUCCGAAAACGAACUUAAAAAGGCCUACCGUAAACUGGCCAAAGAGUACCACCCUGACAAAAAUCCUGAUGCUGGAGACAAGUUUAAAGAAAUUAGUUUUGCAUACGAGGUAUUGACAAACCCUGAGAAGAAGGAGCUUUAUGAUCGCUAUGGAGAGCAGGGGCUUCGAGAAGGAGGAGGAGGGGGGCCUGGCAUGGACGAUAUCUUCUCUCACAUUUUUGGUGGAGGACUCUUUGGUUUCAUGGGUGGACAGGGCAGAGGGCGCAGUGGAGGCAAGAGAAGAGGAGAAGAUAUGGUUCACCCUCUGAAAGUUUCUCUUGAAGAUUUGUACAAUGGCAAAACAACAAAACUGCAGCUCAGUAAGAACGUGCUGUGUAGUGCCUGCAAUGGUCAGGGGGGUAAGGCAGGAGCCGUGCAGAAAUGUGUGGCAUGCAGAGGACGAGGAAUGAGAAUCAUGAUCAGACAGCUGGCUCCUGGGAUGGUUCAACAAAUGCAGUCCGUCUGCACAGACUGCAAUGGAGAGGGUGAGGUAAUAAAUGAGAAGGACCGCUGCAAAAAGUGCGAAGGUCAGAAGGUAUGCAAGGACACUAAAGUUCUGGAGGUUCAUGUGGACAAAGGGAUGAGACAUGGGCAGAAAAUCACGUUCUCUGGAGAAGCUGACCAAGCACCAGGUGUUGAACCAGGAGAUAUUGUUCUGGUGCUUCAGGAGAAAGAUCAUGAGGAAUUUCGGCGUGAUGGAAAUGACCUUCACAUGGUCCAGCGUAUCGGACUCGUUGAGGCUCUGUGUGGCUUCCAGAUGACAAUCACACAUCUGGAUGGACGACAGCUGCUUGUCAAAUACCCACCUGGCAAAGUCAUUGAGCCAGGCUGUAUUCGAGUGGUGAAAGGAGAGGGAAUGCCUCAGUACAGAAAUCCAUUCGAGAAGGGAGAUCUUUACAUCAAGUUUGAUGUUCAGUUCCCAGAAAACAACUGGAUCAGCGCUGAAAAACUGAAUGACCUGGAGAAUUUGCUUCCUGCUCGUUCUGAAUAUCCUGAUAUUGCUCCAGAUGCAGAGGAGGUCGAGCUGUCAGAUUAUGACAAGAGUCAAGGUUCUGGCAGUGGAGAUCGGAGAGAGGCCUAUAAUGAUAGUUCUGAUGAUGAAGGGGGUCACCACGGCCCAGGGGUGCAGUGUGCACACCAAUAGAAAGACUUCUACAAAGACUUGCACACAAACCUGGUUUCGGUUCCAUUGCUAAUACCAUUCAAAACUUGCUGCGUACACACACACACACACACGUUUCCCUCCUUUUAUGAUUCCAGUGAAAAGGAUGGAAAUAAGUCUAAAACAAAGAAAAAAUGUAAAAUAAACUCCUCCAUCCUCAGCUCCAUUGUGCUCACCACCACCUCAGAGAGAUUUUGGAUGUUUGAUGACUGUUGUGUGUAACAAACAGUAGAUGUUAGUCUCAUUCUCAGAAGUUCAUUAACGUGAACUCAACUCGAGCCUUUUCUGUCUUCAUUCUAAACUUUUACCUUUAUGAGGAAAUCACCAGUCUAAUGUACAAAAUGCAGAUAUUGUCAACUAUUUUGUAAAAGUUGUAAUUUGGUGAGUCACACACAAGAGCAUGCACCUUCUCUCUGAAAGAGCUUGUAGAGUCCAUACACAAAAGAUAAAUCUGUCAGACUUGUUGAAACUUCGGUUUCUGCUUUGAAGUACCCUGUCGCUACAUGAGCUAACCUGAUUCCAGUUUUAUCCUGAGAGCCAAACAUCUGAUCUGCCGCCACCUGGAAGGUGAACUGUCUUUCAUUCAUUUUAUUUGCUGGUUUCAUUCAGUUUCAGCGUCACUUGCACUCAAAGCUCUGAGUAUAUGGCCUGUCAAACAUGCUUUUUGUUUCUUUGUAGUCUGGAGCAUAGAUUUCUUUAUGUUGCUGUGAAUGUUAGUGUUCAGACUUUGAAGUUAUGUACUCAUUACUAGAGUUUAUCCACUUUGAGUGUGGGAGCUGUUGUGGAAUGUUCUAGCUCAUUGGGCUGGUAGGUAUUUAUGCUUUGCAGUGAACUGUGAGAGUGAAUACCAAAUAUACUGUAAUUAGUGAACGAGGAGGUGGGAUAAAAAGAAUGUUUAUCUCAGAUAUUUUCCCUCACCUUAGCUGGAAUGAGGAGUCGUCCUGUUUUUCAGGAAGGACUCCCGAGCCCACACCAAUCCAGCUGUAGCUUACCUACCAGUUGUAGAGUUAGUAAUGAAACUAAUGUUCCUUCACAUGUUCCUCUCUUAUCCUUACAUACCUGUAAAUAAAGCCAGUCUCAGUCCAUUGGUGCAAGUGAACAAUGUUCAACAUAAAUGUUCACAUAAAAAUGGAGCCCCUCUGGACUGUUCACAUGCACCUCAGGCUUAUCGUUUGUCAUUUUGGCCUUGGGAUAAUGUGCACACGAUUAAAGGGGUUAUAAUUAAAUUACGUUACUGUUGAUGCAUAUGGUUGUCAAAAUGAACAUUAAAACAUAUAAAAUAA